GAAAAAUUUCGUUUUGAGACGCAAGCAACAACCACUUACUAGUCCCAGACGUACAACACCCUACUUACGAAACUUUCCCUAUCCAAGAUUACAUUGAAGUUUCGCCGUCAAGAUGACCAAGGGAACUUCUAGCUUCGGAAAGCGUCACAACAAGACGCACACUUUGUGCCGACGAUGUGGUCGUCGAUCUCUUCACAUCCAGAAGCAUACCUGCUCUGCCUGCGGAUAUCCCUCCGCUAAGAUCCGAAAGUACAACUGGAGCGAGAAGGCCAAGCGCAGAAAGACUUCCGGUACUGGUCGCAUGCGUUACCUCGGCGACGUCUCCCGCAGAUUCAAGAACGGCUUCCGAACCGGCGUGCCCAAGGACGCAAGAGGACCAGUUGCGAAAUAAGGCUUUCUCACCAGGAGAAGGAGUAGAUGAGGGCAUUGGCGUGGCAAGGGAACGGUGUUUCUGACAUUUGGGCUGGCUCGUCACGGAUUCGUACAUAUUCUGAGUUCGGCGGAAAUGUAAUGCUAGCAUUUCCGAACAAAAUGGCAUCAUGAUCUCACAUGUUUGACGAGGGUUUCUAAUUGUUUACCUGGCGAGUAACCGCUCGUCCCCUGUAGGCCUUUAGGAUGCCUAUCGGUCUGGGAGAGAUGAGUUUUAUAGCGGGAUCCAGUUCGAUCUUAGGAGUAGGCUUCUAGACCUAAUCGCAUGAAACUAUCUUGUCUGACCGAGC